CACGGCAAAAUUUUUCAAUGAGAAGAGAACAUGUCUUGCUGUGACGGUGCUGUCUUUGCAUGGACAACUAGUUACUAACCCAAAACCCCUCCUCUCUGUUGUAGCCACCACCCUAAACCCUAAACCCUAAACCCUAAAGUGUUUUUUGCUCCAGUGCCCUGCGUCUUCGCCCUUCGUUCUUUGAAGCCCAAAUCGUUUCGUAUUCUUGGCGACCAGGGAAUCUCUGACCUGCUGCCAAGACCCAGACCCAACGGUCCGCAUCGACAGAGUCACAGAGUCAUAGACCUGCACGGCUGCACCAUCCACCCAGUGCACCCACACCCAGACCCAACGGUCCGCCUGCCUCCGCCUCCGACCCUCCGCGCUCCGCCGUUCCGCCGUUCGAUAAUCUCUCAGAGGGCAAUACAGUAUGCUAUUGUUUGGAUGAUUGUGAGGGGAGCAAUGCUAGGCCCUGACCAGCCUGUAAUUCUGCACAUGCUUGAUAUUGGACCUACAGCUCAAGCCUUGAAGGAGGUGAAAAUGGAAUUGAUUGAUGCUGCCAUCCUCUUCUCAAAGGUAUGCUUCAUAAAGGCACAUUUUGAUUGUUCACCCCGGGCACCAAAAUACUCAGGACCAGCCUUGCUGAACAGUGUGGGUAGUUGAUGGUAUAUAAGCAACACAAGCAACUCAAAUUUCUAAUCUUCAACUUAAAUUUCAUCCUUCAUGACACUUGGCGCGGUUAGUUGUUCACACCGCAGAAUUUGCAACUGUUAUUUUCCUCCUAUUUUUGUCAAAUUUUCUUCAUUAUCUGCACUUAAAGCUACAGACUUUACUUAUGAAGCAAGCAAUUCCGAUGACUGUAACUACCGUGAAUUACAGCUCAGUAUGCAAUGCCAUGCCUCCUCCGGUAACUUUGCGAAAGCCCUCGAGUCUUUGAACUCCAUGGGCAAUGUGCCCGGCAAACCCACUGUGUAUGAUUUCAAUGCUUUGGUUUACUCUUACUUGAAGUCACAGACUGUAUUGCUAGACAAUGUGGUUCAGGUUUACCUCGGAAUGAAGAGAUUUGGGCCCGCCCCAAAUGCUUCCACUUUCAAUGCACUUUUGAAUGGUAUGCUAUCACUUGGUCGUCUGAAAGAUGCUUAUAUGAUUGCUGAAGAGAUGUUUGAUUGUGGGUUUUUACCCUCUUUUACUUCUUUGUCGAGAAUCUUGAAAAACAUGCUUAGAGUUGGGAAUUUAGUUAGCUCAAUUGGUGUUUUUAAGCUUAUGUUGAGGUUGAAGUAUUUCCCGACCGAACCCAGUUUGUGUUUGUUGAUUUCUAAGCUUAGUAAAGCCAUGAUGACCGAAGAGGCGUGGUUUGUGUGCUAUGCUCUUAUGUGUAAGGGUCAUUUUUUCGGUGCUUAUGUUUAUAACCCUAUGCUUUGGGCAUUGUGUAAAACCGGCCAGAGUAAUAAUGCUUUGCAAUUGUUUUAUUGGAUGAAGAGGAAGGGCGUUGUACACAAUGUGUGCUCUUAUACUGCCUUAGUUUAUGGGUUUGGUAGAGAAGGUUUGUGGAGAGAUCUUCUGUGUUGUUUAGAUGAAAUGGAGACUGAUGGGUGUAAGCUUAGUGCGAUAACAUACACUAUAGUUAUUAAAUCUCUUUGUGGUGAUGGGAGGAUUGCAGAGGCGUUAGAAUAUUUGGCUAAGAUGGAAAGGGAAGGAUGUGAACCAGAUAUGACCACAUACAAUGUGAUCCUUCAUGCACUUUGUAUUCAAGAUAGAGCGAAUGACAUUUUCAGCUUACUUGAGAUGAUUGAGAACAAAGGAUUUUCUCCCAACGCAUACACAUAUGCUGCCUUGGGAGGAGGCCUGUUAAAAACAGGUAACAUUGGGAUUGCUUGUGAACUACUGCUUGAUGUGAUUACAGAGGGCAACUAUGUGGAUGUUGUUGUGUACAAUAUAUACUUCAAUUGUUUGUGUCAUGAGAAUAGAUCAGAAGAAGCGCUAUAUCGAUUGAAGAAAAUGAUUGGGGAAGGUUUAAUGCCAAGUAAUGUGUCAUAUAACACAAUUUUAAAGAGUUUCUGUAGAGAAAAUAACCUCUCCAAGGCUUUGAAAUUCUUGGACUACUUUAAGUGGGACGAAAAUGGGCCUGAUGUGGUUUCCUUCAAUACGAUUUUGUCUGUGGCAUGCAAACAGAAAAAGAGUUCAGUGAUCCGUAGGGUCUUGAGUCAUAUGAAGAAUGGUGGUGUUCAGCCUAAUGUUAUUAGUUUGAAUUGUUUAAUUCAGUACUUCUGUAGAGUAAAAAACUUUUCUGAAUGUCUGAAGCUCUUGGAUUACAUGACGUGUAGUGGUUCUAGUCCCACUAUUGUCACUUUUAAUCUGCUGCUAGACAGACUUUGUAAGAAUGGUCUAGUUGGAAUUGCAGAACGGGUUUUUAAGCAACUACGGAAUACUGGAUUUUUUCCUGAUACAAUUUCUUAUAAUAUUCUUAUUCACGCCUUCAUUAAAGAGGGCAAUAAGGCGAUGGUUAAUCAAUUGGUUAGUGAUAUGUACAACCAGAGACUAAAACCGGAUUUGUUUACCUAUGGGUCCUUAAUUAGUGGCCUUUGCAAUGAUGGAAAGGUAUCUGUUGCUCUUGAGUUGAGGGAUGACGUGAUAGAGAAUGGGCUUACUCCAAGCAUAGCAAUCUACAAUACCUUAUUGGAGGCAAUGUUCAAGAGUGGUGCUUUUUCGGACAUUUUAUCAUUAUUGAAAAAUCUUGUACUGGAAGGCUGUCAACCUAAUGAGGUAACUUUCGAGAUUCUUAGCCGACCAGUAUUCAAAAGUUGGAUAAAGAGAUCUCCUGAGGUUUCAAAUCUUGUGGAGCUUGUGCAUGAAUGCAAAGUUAAUUGAUUUAGGGUCACUGACCCAGUGUAAAGCCUUUCUCUUGGGCAAAGAAGAAUUAUCCCAAGAAGAUUAAAAUAUUCAGUCAGGAUAUUAAAGGUCAUUGCUUUUGCCCAUGGCAUUUGCUUUAGGGUCAAUUAACUUUGCUGAUUAUGAGUGUGCUCAUGUUGGCCUUCGUUGGAGCACAUAUGGCGGGAGCAUGAAGUAAAAGCUGAAAACCAACAAUUGAUUAGUGGGGUCUGGAGCUGUUCAUUGGAAGUGGAUUGUCGACUCGACAGUCAUCAUGUUUUUAACGUAUGGAUUAGCAAUUCCUCAGAAUGUGGUUCUCUUUGUCCACUUCUUACGGGACUCAUUCGUAUGGUUAUCUCAUUCAUCAUGGGGCUUAUAAAGACAACAGCAAGUGCAAAUUCUUUUCUUAAGAGCUUUUUCAGAUUAUCUCCAGGCUUUUGCUUUGCUGAUGGACUUGCGUCACUGGCUCUUCUACAGCAAGAUAUGAAAGAUAAAUCCAGCAAUCAGGCCUUUGGUUGGAAUGUUACCGGUGGCUCAAUUUGUUACCUUGGUAUUGAGGUACAUAUCUUGGCCUUAUGCAGGAAAUCUUCUGCAACCGUCUGCUGAAAAAGUUAUUUCUUGAGAAGUGGAAGUUUCAAUGAAUAUAUAAUGGUAACAAGGAAUAACCAUUCUUAGAGUAUUGGCUUGCUCAAGUGUUGACCACUUCAAUAUUUACAUGUCAGCAAGACGAAACCCUACAGUUAAAACUUUACAGAGUCACCUGUUUCUUUCAUUGUGUCAAAAGUAUAACCUAGGAUCAGACAUCGGGGUCCUAGAUAUCCUGGAUCGGAACCUCCCACUACAAACUAUAUGAAAGUAGGAGAUCUUGGAGCAUUUGUUACUUCCUUUUGACACUUGGGCUUGAACUCUUACUUUCUAACAAGUGGACACUACCCACACUGAAGGAAUGUUGGAACAGCAUUGGAAGUAUCAAACAUGGCACUCCAAGUUAUCUAGAAUCCCUUCUGAAGAUUUCCUCAGAUGUUGUUACUCUUGACCUUGAUGAAGAUAAAGACAGAAAGAACUAGGGUUCUUUCAGGUUCCAUUGACAAUGCCAUAAUCUAUUUUCGGAAUCUUUGGAAGUCCUCUUGAAAGCCGUACGAUAAAAUGCAUGGAGGUUGGACCAUAAUCCAUCUCAUAUUCUCACUCUUGGCCCUGAAUUCUUGAUUUCUGGUCAGGGUGGGGCAAGCUACGUCUCUUUUGGAGUGUUUUAGAUUCCCAGGUCAAAUACCUUUUCUUUGGGGGCUAUGCAAGCCUCUCUACUUAACGAUGGGCAGUAGGAUACAUGUGAAUCGGGUAUCUCUGGGAUUCACCUGUGGCUAUAAUAAGAUUAAUAAUGUGUGUAUUUUAAGUAUGGAUAGCAACUAGUAAUUUAUCUCAACUUUUUUUGCAGUUGCCAUAUGGACAGGGCCUCUCGCUUGCAGAUGUCCUCGGGCACCUUGAACGGAACAGAAGUAAACUUGGCAUUGCAGAAUACAGUAUUAGCCAGUCCACUCUCGAAACCAUCUUCAACCAUUUUGCAGCUAACUCGUGACAUGUUAAUCGUGGAUUGAGGCAAAUCUAAUUCAAAUAGUUUGGCAGUAGUCGGCAAAUCACCACCAGGCAUAAGCGUCGCCCCCGCUUUCAAGGUUGAGACCAUCAUAAGACGGUUUGUAAAUCUCAGAAACAGUAUAUUCAAGUACAUAAUUUCAAACUUGGGUGAAAUGUAAUCUGUUACGAAAUUACAGAUUGAGAGUUAUACCCAUCAUAUUGUUACCAUUCUAUUAGUCGUCGAAUGGAAAAACAAGGAUUUUAAAGCUGAAUAGAAAAACAGUCGGAAAACGGCAACUCCUUUGCAA